AUGAAGUAUAGUAUAGUGCCAAUGUAUUCAGGUUUAUCGAUUAAUAAACAAAUGAAGGUUUUCGAAAAGCUACCGGAUCCAAAGAAAACUAGAAAGAUCGUUGUGGCCACCAAUAUAGCCGAGACCUCUAUUACAAUUGAUGGAAUAGUGUAUGUAGUGGAUUGUGGGUUUGUUAAACUUAAAUCAUAUAACUCUAUUACUGGUUUAGAGUCUUUGAUAGUCGCCCCAUGUUCACAGUCAUCUGCAAACCAAAGAGCUGGUAGGGCUGGCCGUAAUAGAGCCGGUAAAUGCUAUAGACUAUACACUCAAGAUACAUUCGAACGUUUGUUAGAAAAGCAAACCACACCAGAGAUACAAAGAAGCAAUUUAAGUACCACUGUUUUACAAUUGAAGGCAUUGGGUAUCGAUAAUAUAUUACAUUUCGAUUUUGUAUCACCACCCCCACCAUCAUCACUGAUAAGAGCAUUAGAGGUGUUGUAUGGUUUGGAAGCAAUCAACGACUCAGGAACACUAACAUCACCAGUUGGUAUGAUAAUGGCAGAGUUUCCAACAGAUCCAUCAUUUUCAAAAAUGAUUAUUCAAUCAGAGAAAUUUGGUUGUAGUGAAGAGAUCAUCACAAUUGCGGCAAUGCUAAAUAUUCAAGGUCUCUUUACAAACCAGAAUCAUAAAUCAAGAAAGGAUCUUAUAGUUAAAGAAGGUGAUCAUUUAACACUACUCAAUGUUUACAACUCAUUCAUCGCCAAUAAUAGCUCAUCAUCAUGGUGCCAUGACCACCAAAUUAAUUAUAAAGCAAUGCAACGUGUUCAACAAGUUAGAAAACAACUAUUGGCAUAUGCAAAGAAAUACUCUAUCAAAAUACAAUCAUGCAUCGAAUCUGGUAAUAUCAAGAACUCUAGUAUAUCAAUUAGAAAAUCAAUUUUAUCAGGUUUCUUUAUGAAUGCUGCUCAAUUACAAUCCAAUGGCUCUUAUCAAACAGUAAGAGAACGUCACACUCUCUAUCUUCACCCAACCUCUGUAGUAUGCCUAUCCAAUUCACCACAAUGGGUAUUAUUUAACGAUGUAACGAUUACAACUAAAGAAUAUAUGAAAGAUAUCACAGUUAUCGAACCCACGUGGUUAUCUGAAAUUGCACCACAUUUUUAUAAAUUUAAAGAUUAA